AUCUGGCAGCAGAAGUCCCCAGUUACACUCAGUUUCCCUGCUGUGAUCAGGUUUCUGGUGCCUCCAGGGCGACUCAUUCCAUACAAGGCAAGACCGAGCAUUUACUGGGAUUGUCCUGCCUGGGUGCUGCUGACCACUCCCUUCCCUGGAGAGCUGGCAGUUGCACUGGGAGUACCUCCCUGCAUGUGCAUUGGACACUUUGCCUGCACUAAGGGACAGGGGACUGAGCUCUGGAGGAACACGAUGAGAAAGGAUGCUCAGCAAGGCAGAGGCUAUAUCCUAACACAGCUUUUGGAUAAGGAGGAUUUAAGUGGGAAUGUGCGGGACUCUGCUAUGAAGAAUGAAGGAGGAAAAUACUGCAAGACCAGGUGAUCAUGUCUGUACAAAUGUGUUCUAAACAAAGAAGGAAGUAAAGGUUCUUCUGGAUGUCUCAUAAGGAUAAGAAUAAAAUCAUAAUUAUUAUGUGCCAAUUGAAUUGAGCCCCAAGUAGAAGACAAGAGUACAAAUUUGUACAUGUGGUAACAAAGCAAAAUAAAGUAAGAAUCCCAACAAGGUUGACCUGAAAGCCCAAGAAAUUUCUCCUCUGCAUCGAAGCUCGGGAAAAUCCUUCCAUCUUUGUCUUAUUUAGCCUUAGGCACCUUUGGGUCAAGAAGUAUCAAAGAGGAGCUGCUAAAUUUCUCUAUUUUGGACAAAACCAUAUUGGUUAUUUUGAACUGUAUUAAACUGCUUAGUGAUGUCAUGGAAAUAAUGAAGAGCAAGGAAUCCAGGCUGUGAAAAAUGUAAUUACCUUUCUGUUGGACAAGGUCAACCAAGGACGUAGCUAAGCAUGUAUUGUGUCCGUUUAUGUUGCCGAGUUCUCCACCACCAAAAGAUCACUUGGGUUCCACCUGUGUUGUGUUUAGUGGUCUUCCUGAUUUAUCUCUCCUUCUCCAUGGAAUAUUCCAGCCCUGUUGAGAGGGUGGAGACAAUUAACAGCCAGGGUUGCAUGUGUGGCCACUGUAGGCAAGAGAAGCGGAAGAGGACUGAAUUUUUUGAAAGUCGUUUUAAUGGCACAGUAGAGCCCUUACUUCUGGGAAAGUAUCAAUACAUGCCUGAUCAUGUAAAGAAAUGGUGGCUGAGGCUCCAAGGGAGGAACAAUGCCAGUGACAUACAGAAGGUGCUCGAGCAGACAUUCAAGGUAGUUCCUACAGAAAACCUGUACCUUGAACAGGACAACCGGCCUUGCAGGCGAUGUGCCGUUGUUGGGAAUUCUGGCAACCUGAAAGGAUCCCGAUACGGGAAAAAGAUAGAUUCCCACAGAUUCAUUUUCAGAAUGAAUGGAGCGCGUACCUACGGCUUUGAAAAUGACGUGGGUUCCAGGACAACCCAUCACUUUAUGUAUCCAGAGAGCGCUGUCCACCUCCAGCCUGGUGUCCACUUGGUGUUGAUCCCGUUCAAGCUCCAAGACCUCAAAUGGAUUACCAGUGCGCUAACAACUGGAGAGGUCACCUACACUUACAAGCGAGUGAAGAAAUUUAUCCAGGCUGAUAAAGAUAAGGUCUUGAUAUUUAACCCCUCUUUUUUUAAAUAUGUCCAUGACAACUGGACUAACCAUCAUGGGAAAUAUCCAUCUACUGGAAUGUUGGCCCUGGUCUUUGCGUUACAUAUCUGUGAUGAGAUAUCUGUGUUUGGCUUUGGCGCUGAUCAACACGGCAACUGGCACCACUACUGGGAAAGGAACAGAUUUGCAGGAGCAUUUCGCUGGACAGGAGUACACAAUGCAGAGUUUGAGUCUGAGCUCAUAACAGAAUUAGUGGAAGAAGGAAGGCUAAAACUUUACAAAUAAACCUAAAUGUUCACAGAAACAAGAAACAGAAAGAAUGUAAUAUUUUGGUAUUAUUUUGUACUUUGUUAAUAAAUACAGAAAUAGAACUUUCA